AUGGAUAAUUCGUUGGUGGAUGCCCUCGUUGAACAAGUCAAUCUCGGCCUGAAGAGUGAUAAUGGGUUCAAACCUAAGACCUACAAGGCAACCAUCAGAGAGAUCAAUGAGACAUGUGGCAUAUUACUUGAAAAUCGUCACAUUUCUAAUCGGUUGCGGACCUUGAAGAGGUUGUAUAUUUCUAUCAAGGACCUGCUCAGUGCAUCCGGUUUUGGAUGGGACUCUGACAAAAAGAUGAUCGUCGCUACUGAUGAUUCUCACCCAUAUGCGGAACGUGUGCGAGGAAAGCACAUCGAUAGAUGGGAUGACUUGGCCUUCAUAUUCGGCAAUGACUGUGCCCAUAGAUCAUUUGCGAGUACGGCUUAG